AGAUGAGCUGCGCCUCUCUGCUCUCCCGCUAGGCCUCCUUGUAGUCUGUGACCCAGUAUAAAGGAUGGGAGAAAUAUUCCCCUCCUUCCCCAUUACGUCCUCGUCUUCCUUGGCCCCCACUUAGAGCAAAUGGCGUGAUGAAAAUCAGGGCUUCUCCCUCCUUUCCCGGCCUGCGCCUCUGAACCCGGCGGUGGGAGAGUGCGGGCUUCAACUCUUAGCAGGCCUGUCCGAAAUUCCCCGACUUUUCCUACAGGGGCUUUGUCCUCCUCAUCUCGUCGCUUUCCCCGCACCCAGCCUCCAAGGGGAAGGGCGCAGCGGCGAGCCACCUCAAGUAAAAGUUUUUCAGUUGGAGCCGCUUAGCGUUACCAGGCGAAGGCCUGGCCGAGUGGUUGGCUUGGAAACCCGGAAUUCGGUGGCUUUGGAGGAUGCUUCGGCCUUGGGGAGAAGGGGGAAGGAGCGCGGAAAUAAAACGAAAGAGGACGGACGUCUCCCUUCCUCCGCUCCUAACGCGGAGCCAAAUCUUCCUUUUCCUUCAAUGUGACCUUUCAGUACUAAAACGGGGAUCAGGAAAACGCGCCUGAAACACACGAGAAACGAAACUUGGGAAAGUUUCACUUGUGGGUUUUUUGGGGGUUUGAAGAGAGAGAAAGUUCUGAUCGAUACUGAUUUGAAGAGGACUUAGGCUGGGUGCACCCAUCCAAGUGAGAAGGAGAGGAUGGCUCAGAUUCUCCAGAUGGAGAUCCCCAACUUUGGUAACAGCAUCUUGGAGUGCCUGAACGAGCAGCGGUUGCAGGGCCUGUACUGUGAUGUCUCGGUGGUGGUGAAAGGCCAUGCUUUCAAGGCACACCGGGCUGUGCUGGCUGCCAGCAGCUGCUACUUCCGGGACCUUUUCAACAAUAGCAAGAGCACAGUGGUGGAGCUUCCUGCUGCUGUGCAACCUCAGUCCUUCCAGCAGAUCCUCAGCUUCUGUUACACUGGCCGCCUAAGCAUGAACGUAGGUGACCAGUUCCUGCUAAUGUACACAGCCGGGUUCCUGCAGAUCCAGGAGAUUAUGGAGAAGGGGACUGAGUUCUUCUUGAAGGUCAGCUCGCCAAGCUGUGACUCCCAAGGCUUGCAUGCUGAGGAGGCACCUUCAUCUGAGCCACAGAGCCCUGUGGCACAGACAUCCACCUGGCCCUCUGGCAACACACCCCUGCCCCUGGUCUCGCGUGUAAAGACGGAGCAGCAGGAGUCGGACUCUGUCCAGUGCACAUUUGUGGUUAAGCGGCUCUGGGAAAGCAGCCAGAAAGAAGGGGGUGGAGGCGGCGGUGGUAGCAAUGGCAGCCGCAAAAUGGCCAAGAUCUCCUCCCAGCAGGAGCUGAGUGGGGGUAACCGGCAGGCCCAGCAGCAGCAGCAGCAAGCCCAGCAGCAGCAACCGGGGGCGCUAACGGGAGGAGGCGGAGGAGGGGCAGGCGUGGUCAGUGGCCCCAGUACUUCAGACCAGACAAGCCCUGGCACCUCCAGCGCCUACACUAGCGACAGCCCCAGUUCCUACCACAACGAGGAAGACGAAGAGGAGGAUGCGCCUGAGGAGGGCUCCGAUGAGCAGUACCGUCAGAUCUGCAACAUGUACACCAUGUACAGCAUGAUGAACGUAGGACAGGCGGCAGAGAAAGUAGAAGCACUGCCGGACCAGGUGGCGUCAGAGUCUCGUAAUCGGAUACGGGUGCGGCAGGAUCUGGCUUCACUGCCUGCUGAGCUCAUCAACCAGAUUGGGAACAGGUGCCACCCCAAACUCUAUGACGAAGGGGAUCCAGCUGAGAAGCUGGAACUUGUGACAGGUACCAAUGUGUACAUCACUCGGGCACAGCUGAUGAACUGUCAUGUCAGUGCUGGGACACGGCACAAAGUGCUUCUCAGACGACUACUAGCAUCCUUCUUUGACCGGAACACCCUCGCUAACAGUUGUGGCACUGGAAUCCGCUCCUCCACCAAUGACCCUAGCCGGAAACCCCUCGACAGCCGGGUGCUGCAUGCUGUGAAGUUUUAUUGCCAGAACUUUGCCCCCAACUUCAAGGAGAGUGAGAUGAAUGCUAUUGCUGCUGACAUGUGCACGAACGCACGGCGCGUUGUCCGCAAGAGCUGGAUCCCCAAACUGAAACUACUGAUGGCCGAGGGCGACACUUACCCCACCUUCAUCAAUGACACUGGCAAGAUGGAGCCAGACAUUAUGGGUGUGGAGCACAGCUUUGAGACGGGCAGCCACGAUGGUGACGCAGGCACCUCCACCGAGGGCCUCCAGUAAAACGUGCCCACCUCUUUUUUUUUUCCCCCAGUCAAUGGUUUUUAUUUCCUAAUUUGAUUUUUGUAGAAUCAUUUUCCACCUUUCUUCAUUUCCCUUUUUCCCCCCGUUGUUGGUUUGUUUUUUGUUUUGGCAGAGGAGAAAGAGCAUUGUGCCGUCUCCUUUAAGAAUAUAUAUAUAUAUAUAUUCUUAAACAUGGGCCUUGCUCCCUCGGGCACCACAGGUAGUACGAGCACAGAGGGGAAGUCCUGCUGCUGCGUUGGCAGUUCCGGCUGGCAUUUUCUCCCCCCCUUUUCCUCUGUCCUUGUUGUGCUAUUAAUUGUUUUUAGAUAAAUAUUUUAGUAGACUUCUUUUUUAAAAGAAAAACCAAAUUCAUUUGCAAACAGAGGCCAUGAUCCAGGGAAGUAUUGUCCCAGAGCACUGCCUCUUCCUUCAUCAGAUCAGGUUCUCCCCAGACAGGGCUCUAUCUAACUUAGAUAGAUCUAUCUAAUCAUCGUCAAGUCUUUCCUCAGGUUCAUACCAGAGAGUGGAAAAAUCCUAGUGCCAUAAUAAAUGCAAACAGGGAAGAGACUGGACCCCAGUGCUGCUGUCAUGUUGUCCUCUGCCUUUUCGGCUCCCCUCUUUUCCACUCUUGCUUAGGUACGCUCAGGUCUUGCACAGCAUGGCAGUUCCUCUCCUGCCAUUCUCACUACACCGCCCUUCACACAUGCCCGUGCACACAUAUACACCGCCCUUUAGUUUUCAUGUCCUUUGGACCUUGUGCACCUUCCCCACCCCCUUAGUUGUCUUGGAGGUUUUGACCAGCCUGGCCUACUAAACCUGUACACCAAAUCUGUUUGGCAGUGUAGCCCUCCCAUAUUUUGAGUGGCACGGAGUCAUGAAGGAACAAGGAAGAUCCUAUCACGACCACCUGCCCAAAUACUACACAAGCAGAACUGGCAUGUUCUAAGCCUAGUCUCUUCUCUGAGGUGGUUCAUUUUAAUGUGGGAUGCAAUUUGCAAACGGAUCACUUUUCAGCCAGUCUAUGGAACAAAUAGCAGCACUACUGAUUGAAAUCCUAAUCUUUUCUUCCUCUUCAACUGAGUUGCCACAAAUAACUGUUAUGAGGUUUUGGAAUCAGAUUUUGAAGGAAGGGAAAUGCCAAGGGAGGCAGCUUCAUGUCCUUAUUCCUUAAAAGUGCCAGAAGCUACCCAGCACUUGAGGCUGCUUUAGACCCUAACUCCCCUCCCAAUACCAGAUAAUAAAUCACAGUGUGAAAUAUGGUCCCAUGCCUUCCCCCACUUCAUUAGUGAUGUUACAGAGUAGUAUUUGGUGCACACUAAAGAACUCCCAUCCUUGAGUCAUAGGGUCUGCCUCCCACUUGAGAUGGACAGCUAAUAGGACAAAGCAGGAACAUUUGGGUUCUAGCCUGAUUGGAGCAGAGCUUCUCUUCCUCUUUUUCCAUUUCUGUUUGCAUGGUCAGAGACAGCGGUGAGGAACCUUUUUGGCUCCAUGGGCCAGGUCUUUUCAGGAUCAGCCUCGUAGGCCAAAUGUGACAGGUGGGCACGACCACCCACCUGUCAGACACCUGAUGUCAGGUGCAAGGUGCUAUGUAGUCCUGAAGUCAGGACUUCAAAGCACCUUGCAAGGUGCUGCUAAAACGGAGGUCGUUUCCUUUGUCUUAGCAGGGGAUUCUGAUGCAGACCUCUUCCCUGAGUCAAAUCCUGCUGCUUGAGCUGGACACCUUGAUUCCUCACUGAGAAUAGGCACACACAGCCAACGCAGGAUUUAACCCUGCCCUUCCACCCAUCAGAUGACAUCAUUGGAUGGGCGUAGUUUAGGGGAGAUGGCCUUACAGGCCAACUUAGACACACACCCCAGUGGACCAAGAUUGGCCUGUGGGCUGGAGGUUCCCCACCCUUGUCUAGGAUAAUGACUCUGAAUCACAUUGGGAGAAUCCCCCAAUGGUUUUUCUUGUUGGAAAUCAAAGCCUGCAUUUCUCUUAGGAAAUACACAUAGUUCUGAAAGAUCCCUUGCACGCUUAUGUUCAUUGUUAACAACAAACACUUUCUUGGCCUUUCUUUAAGCAAAUCAAACUCUGCUUCCAAACUGCGAAAGGAGGCAGUAAGUAGCAAUCUUUUAAAUAAAAUAAUUACAACUGUUUUAAAAAGAUGGAAACCGUUGUCCUUAAAUUUUAAUUAGAAUAAAUUCCAUACCAGUAGAGUGGUAAGCGGCGGUAACACAGCCAAAGCUCUGCUCACGGCCGGAGUUCGAUUCCAAUGGAAGGAGGAAGUCGAAUCUCUGGUAAAAGGGGUCGAGGUCCACUCAGCCUUCCAUCCAUCCGUGGUCGGUAAAAUGACUACCCGGCAUAUGCUGGGGGGGUAAAGAAAGGCCGGGGAAGGAACUGGCAAUCCCACCCCAUAUAUACGGUCUGCCCAGUAAACAUUGCAAGAUGUCACCCUAAGAGUCGGAAAUGACUCGCACUAUAAGUGCGGGGACACCUUUACCUUUAGUUGCUUUAAAUCCCUGUCAGCUAAAAGGUGGCCAGUGCUGUGGCAUCUUAGAGACUGUCCUAUUUCUCAAAAGGAGCUUGAGCAGUGGCUAGCUGUGCCCAGUCAUUGUUUGUUUGUAAAGAGGAAGAGAUGUUAAUUAGGCCUAGUUAUCCCUUGUGAAAUAACCCUUUUAUAAUCUUUUGUAAACUAUUCUAGUUGAUAGAACUAACUCUGUGCUGGGUCUGCUUCAGUCAGGGUUGCAACCCUCAGAUUCCGCUAGUUUUGAUACAGAGAGGAUCAGUAGCAGAAAUUAAAUAUAUGUUCUUGAUUUGAGACUGGCUCAAAAUCAGCCCAGUAUACAGAGGGUACAGUUUAGAGUACCCCUGAUUAAGCACUGUCAGUUAGUCCAUGUUUGUCUUAGGGGGGUGGGGGCACAAUGACUGUAUUUUCACUUGUCAUACACAUGCUCAGAGAACACCCUGGUAUGCUUAUUUUUGUCACACAGGAGGGAACGUAUCUUAUGGAGGCUAUUUCACGUAUUAAUACAAAUCUUUGUUUACUUCUUAACUAAUUUUGCCUAUAUUCCUGAGUCCAGGAGAAAACAUUUGCUGCACAAAGGAUGCAAUCCUAAUCAUACUUAAGUAAAAAUAUGUCCCACUCAGUCCAAUGAGACUUACUUCCGAGUAGACAUGCAUAGGAUUGAACUACAAGGACACAUUUAAGGUCUCAACAUCUUAGUCAGAACUCUCCCUGAGUAACUUGACAAAGUGGCCAUCAGCUAUCCACAUGAGUGCACCAGAGUUGCCUGAGUAGUUAAGUAAAAUCUGAUUGUUAAGGACCACAUUGUGACAUUUGUAAUCUUAAAAUGGCAUAUGCUCAUUUUGCAUGCCCUGUAACAUUCAGUCCAUUGCUUCAUCCUAAAAGGCUUGGUUUCUACUUCAAGACAUGUUUUUGGCUUUAUUUUGUCCACACAGUUGGCAAUCUUAGCUGGGUUUUUUUUAAUUAGUUCUUUGAUACUUAAAGCAGGACAUUUUCCUUUCCUGCCAUUAGAGGGAGACAAAGGUGGAUGCAUGGAUAUAUUAAAGAAAGUCUCUUUUCGAGUACUAAUUUUGCAGAGAAGGCUUGGCUGACUGGAGACUGAGAGCUCAAGCACACUAGGCUGGAUGCGAACAUUCCCUACCUGCUCUGUAUUGGCCCAGGUGGGUUGAAUUUCACUUGCUAUGUAAUGUUUUUAUAAAAAGGGCUGGCAAUAAUCUAAACUUACUGUAGGCAAAUCUACAUUACAAAUCUGAGCCAGUUUUUUUAUUGUUUUAAAUAUUCUGAUUUUUCCAGGAAAUCCUGAGAAUUGUUUUAUGAAUUGCUGAGAAUUUUCUUUUCUAAAAAUUUCUUUUCUCAGUCUUUCCCAGAGUUACUGUUCCAGUGCCUCCACUGAUGGAAACCCCAUGCCCUAGCUUGUGAAUAUGUCAGCAUUUGUACAACCCUUGGAGAAAUAGAUUACAUUUUGCCAAGAACUGAAAGCUUAAAUGUUGACAUUGACACAAUUUCUGACAUAACACAAAACUUUUCAACUACCUUCAGGUACUUUUUUACCCUUCCCCACUAUCUCCUUUUUACACAGGCAUGAGUUGUUUUGUCACCCAGUCUGUAGCAUGCCCUAUUUUUCUAUUACACAUACGGUGAUUUAUGUAAUUCAACCCAAUCACUUUAUCCUUGAUUUGUAUUUUUCCCUGAAGACAGUGAAAUGAUAGAAAAGUGACAUUUAAAAAAAACCCAGAGAUAUUUAUUACAAGCCAAAUAGAGGUAUCUGUAUGAUUAUUUACUUAUACUGAAUAACCUUUAGUCAUUCUCAGUACACAGCUUUAAAAAGGAAAGAAAUGAUGUAUGAACACACUGUGCCUCAUACUAAUUUUCUUAAUCUGGUUUCUGAAAUAGUUCUAGGAGGGAAAUUUAAUGAGUUGUCACUUGAGGAUUCGCUUUAGUCAAAUCAUGGAGAAUAUGAGCACUGAACAAAAUAAAAUACAAAAUUGAUUGUAUGACAUUUGUCACCCUAAUCCAGUAAAAGAGAUCAACAUGUGUAAGCAAUUCAUGAAAAUGGGGCCACCACUUGUUAUGCAGUUGCUGUGAAGUUACUAGUUGCACCUACAGUUGCAUAUGGCCCAAUUCCCUCUCCUAAUAUAUAUAUACAUACAUACACGCACAAACACAUCAUUACACUGGCUGACUGAUGUGCAUCAUACCCACUUAUUUCUUACACCCACCAAACCUCUCCCAUUGACUUUUAAGUUUUGAAUUGUACAAGUUCAGAUAUAUUUUCAUCUCCUCUUCCCAAUGAUGGCAGAGCUAGCAUUUGUAAUAGAGUUCCCUCUAUAGUACAAGAGAAUCAGUUUGGAGAAGUGACGUUUGGGUGGCUUAUAUUUGGUUUGGAAUCUACUAUGAAAUUCUAAGUAGUAAAUGUGGUGACAUUAAAAGGCUUAGGAUGCUUUGGCAUGCUCCUCCUCAUGUACAAA